AUGAGCGAUUUCCAGAAUUUGUUACCGAUUAAUGGUUCCUGGAAGACAGAUGUGACCAAUUGGAUACAAGAAGAUAUACCAUCUUUUGAUUUUGGAGGUUUUGUAGUUGGGACUGAUGCUAAGGGGGCUACUUUGUUAUGCAAAGCAGAUGGUGUAUUAUGUGGGAUUCCUUUUGCUCAAGAAGUAUAUGAUCAAUGUGGGUUACAAGUUGAAUGGCUUUAUAAGGAAGGGGUAAUGUUGAAACCUUCUGAGACAGAGACCGGAAAGAUCCCAAUUGCAAAGAUACAUGGUCCAGCAAGAAAUAUUUUACAGGCAGAAAGGUUAUCUUUAAAUAUUUUGAGUAGAAGUUCUGGUAUUGCUACUGCCUCUAGAACCAUCAUUGAAAAAGCUAGAGAAUCUGGUUAUACAGGGACCAUUGCCGGGACAAGAAAGACGACACCAGGUUUGAGAAGAUUGGAAAAAUAUUCAAUGCUAGUUGGUGGAUGUGAUACUCACAGAUAUGAUCUUUCCUCGAUGGUUAUGUUGAAGGAUAAUCAUAUCUGGUCCACUGGCUCGAUUAGUAAGGCAGUCGGUAGUGCCAGAAGUGUCUGUGGUUUUGCUGUUAAGAUUGAAGUAGAAUGCCAAUCUGAAGAAGAGGCAGACGAAGCAAUAUCAUCAGGUGCAGACGUCAUUAUGUUGGAUAACUUUACUAAUGAAGAACUUAAAAUAUGUGCCAGAAGUUUAAAGACGAGAUGGAAAGGUGAAAAGAACUUCUUGUUAGAAUGUAGCGGUGGAUUGACAUUACAAAAUAUCGAUAGUUAUUUGUCUAAUGACAUAGAUAUUUAUAGUACAAGUUCUAUUCAUCAAGGUACAAAAGCUAUUGAUUUUUCAUUAAAAAUCGAUCACUAG